AUGGGGAAACGUCUACGAGUCCCCAACUGUACCCACCUGGACAUGGACCGCGUUUUCGGUCAGGAGCAGCACUGCGGCGUCUGCGGGCGCUCGCCAUCCAUCGGGUUCCUGUACGAGUGCAGACAGGACUGCGAACCUCGUCUUCUCCGCGCUCUACUAGCUAGGGAUCAGGACAGCAUCGAGCCAGUGAAGUCUGCGUUGCGCCAAGAGUUGGAAAAGAUUGGGUUAGGCGAGAGUAUUAUCAUCACAGCGGAGAGCGGACAUUACACCGACAAGCAACUGAACAAGCUCAAGGGCCUGAAGCUUGAGCUCCAGCAGGUCAUCUUGGACACGCAACAAGCCGCUCAAGCCAGCGAUGUCGUCUCUAGACUCACCGCUGCCAUGGCCAAGGCGCCAUAUAGCACCGAUGGGGCCUUCAACAGUAUGCCUGACAUGAACGCAAAGCCCAUGGGAUGCAACGUAAGAGCCUGCCACACCUGUCGCCCGUACUAUCGAGAACGAAUGUACAUUCCCUUCCAAGCGGUACUCAACGCAGAGUUCCCGCCCAUGACACGCGAAGACAUGGAGGAGCUCCCGAUAAAAUCAGCACACAUCAUGCGCACCAUCGGCAUUCGAGCGCAGCCAUUACCGUCCUCCACGACUCUAGGCACCUCCCCAUCAACAUUGCCCAACUCCAAUUCUUUCGCUACAUCUGCAGGCUCACCACUUACCGCCUCUUCCAACACAACCGAUUCAAGCGAAGCAACGUUCAAGACAACGCAGACUGACAUGGAUGAGAUCUCGGCUCAGCGCCGCCCCCGCCGACGGUUCUACAAGAUGGGUCGUCGAUCGUCCGUGGAUAUUGCCCGCUCCCUUUCUCGCGGAUCCAGUCUCCUCACACCUCAAGGUCUCAAAUCCGCCGUCCAGGGUAUCUUCCGCCCAAACCGAGAAUCCAGCUCCGAAGGCUCUAACAUUACUCUUCCGCUCCCACGGACUGGCACAGUUCGCGAUAACACCGGUUCUCCGCCUGUAGGCGAAUUUGAUCUCGGAGCUUUACGUCGCGUUCGGAAGCAGAAAGAGCGCAAUGAGGUCAAGAACGGAACGUACACGGGUGGCUUCGAAAAUGUGACCGCACAUGCCACGGCGCCCAGUGACGUGGCAUCGGGAAACAAUGGUAGCACCGACUCUGAGUUCUCGGUAUACUCGUUCACAACUGAAGAGGAAGGGGAAGUCGCAGUGGAAGGUGUGGCCAUUACCGAGGAAGCAGCUGAGACGCACACACCCGAUCUUGUUGCCCUUAAUAUUUCCGCUAUCCAUAAGCUGGACGCGGUGAUCAAGACCGCAGAGGUCGCGACUACUGAGAUCGAAGAGGACACGGAUAUUGGAUUACAAAGCAUCAUGACACAGGUGUGA